AUGGAAGUUAGUAGCAGCAGCAGUAUGUCUCAACAAGAACUUUUUGAUUUCUUAAUGUAUCUAAAGCAAGACAUUAGACCCUCAGUGUCUUCUGAGCUGUUGGAGAAACUAGGACACAUUGAGUCUCUAUCUACCACUGCUGAAGGUGAGACCUGCAGAUACAUGACCGAUACCAUAGCUGCAAACCUCUAUGCAGAAGAUGCUGAUAGAAGUUUAGGCCCAGUUAGAGUGUAUGGUGAUGGAAACUGUCUGUAUCGGUCUGCAUUAUUGUUGGUUUGUGGAAAUGAAAGUCGUCAUGUUGAGCUGCGUUUGCGAACAGCCAUUGAAUUAUGUAAAAAUGUCCAACACUAUGCGUAUGCUGUCGUGCAACAUGCCAGAAGUUGUCUAGAAUCGUUGUCUCCAGUAGCUCUGUUGUUGUCUACUCUAAAGACUGAGUCAAGUGCAGUAUUUGCAGAAGCGUUGGAGGAUUUUUUUAAAGCAGUUUGUCUCCUUGACACUAAUCUGUGGCCGACUGACCGAGAUGAUCUUGCAGCCUUUGGUGUAGCUGAUGUGUCUCUUGCUGUAGAGCACUUCCGUUGUCUUCUAUUAAAGAACAACGUAUUGCUGGAUGGGCAAUACCGCUACGCAAAAAAGAAAAAGGCUCACCAUGGAGUGAAGCCUGUUUCUUCCAGCUCACCAGCCAAGCCAUUAUCGAAGAUAAAAUUCCCACUAAAACCUGGAACGGAGGUAUCAUUGAGUGAUGCAUCGAGAGUCCAGACGUCAAACGUCAAGGAACUGUGGCAGUUGGCAGAUGCCACUUGUGUGAAAAAACACAAACUCAAACCGAGAGUUCUAAAGAAGAGGAAAGGUUGGAAAACGAUUCGUUUGUUUGUGUCUUCCACGUUCACCGAUUUCUACUCGGAACGAGAGAUUCUCGUGAAAGAGGUUUUCCCCGAUUUAAAGGUUUGGUGUCAGUCAAGGAAACUGCACUUGGUUGAGUGCGAUCUUCGGUGGGGAGUUCCUAAAGACACAACAUCGGAAGAGACACUAAAGAUGUGCCUUAGUGAGAUUGAUCGCUGUUUUGAAGACAAUUCGGAGCCGUUCUUUCUCAACAUGCUUGGAGAAAAGGCCGGGUGGAUACCUGAACCAGUUGAAGUUCCUGGUCUAUUGGGUGCACAAUAUGGUUGGAUACACGGCAUGUCAGUCACCGAAAUGGAGAUACUUCAUGGUGCAUACAGAACCGCAACUUCCAAUGCGUUGUUUAUGAUGAGAGAUGCAGACAUUGUGUCAUCAAUACCGGAAGGUCUGCAGUAUCUGUUUGUUGAUUCUAAUCCUCGUGCUCCGGAGAAACUUGCUGCUCUGAAGAAGAAUAUUAGCAAGAGAUUUCCGAAGCAAUGUUGUCCAUAUAAUGCUGAGUUUUCACGCUUGGAUAAUGCGGCUGGUAGAGUUGAGCUGAAGCAGCUUGAAUCAUUUGCUAAACAAGUGUACGAAUUUUUUCGGAAGCAGAUUGAGAUUAGCUAUCCUUUGGAUGAAGGAGUUCAAGAUAUAUUGGAGUUUCAGAGAGCUGCUCAUGAGAUUUUUCUGGACAGUCGUGGACAGACAGUUCUUGGCAGAGAGGAGAUCUUGGAUGAGCUGCAAUCGUAUAUCAUCAAGAGCAAGUCAAAUGCUCCAGUGAUGCUGGUUGGCAGUGCUGGUGCUGGGAAGUCUGCUAUUAUAGCACGCAGUGCGGUGACGGCGAUUGGUAAUGCAAGGGAAGGUUCUAUUCCAGGGGCUGGUCUUGAUUCGUGGCAAGUCUUCUACCAUUUUGUUGGUGCAGCACCCGGCUCUACUGACAUUGGACGACUAUUACAGCGAAUACUACGAGAACUGAACUUUGUAAAGGGUGAUGCACCGUCUGAUAUUGAGAAGCUAAUCCAAGAGACUCAACGAGCACUUUCCAGCGAAGAGACGAAACCAUCAAUACUUUUUAUUGAUGCAAUAAAUCAGUUGGACAAUGAUCCGAAUGCGAAAGCGAUGAAAUGGCUUCCUGAGACUUUGUCUUCGCAUGUGCGAGUCAUUGUGUCUAUGAUUAAUCAGACUGAGUACCACAGGAGUCUCCUGGCUCGAUCAAACUGCCCAUACGAGGUAUUCUGUGGGCCUCUUAAUUUGGCAGCAAGGAAGGAUAUUAUUACUGAAACGUUUGCUCGUUAUAAUAAGAGGUUGGAUGACAGUCAGAUGAGGUUGCUGCUGUCAAAGGACGGCUCUGCGAAUCCGCUGUGGCUUUCGCUGGCUUGUGAGGAACUGAGGCUGUUUGGAAGCUUUGAGAAAGUGUUGCAGAAGAUUCGUGAGCUUGCUGACGAUCUGCUGAGUUUAUUGGAGCAAAUUCUCAGUCGUCUGGAAGAAGAGAAUGGUGGUGUUCUAGUUGUUGCUACUUUGUGCUUCUUGGAGUGUUCACGUCAUGGCUUACUGGAAUCAGAGCUUUUGCGCCUUCUUGGAGACGAAGACAACUUGUUACCUCCAGAUGGCACUUGGCAGGACCUGGAAGAGGAUAACUUGGUUGAGAUGAAAGAGAUUGGGCAAAUUGACGUGCAAGCAAUAGUUGAUGAUCUGCGGGCAACAGUGGAGCAGACAUAUCGCGGACCAACCAAAAUGGCCAAAGGCUUUGAAGUAACAGGUAUUGACUCCAGUGUUCCUCAAGCAAAGAAGGUGCCACCUCUGCCAGCGGCCAAGUGGUCUCUUGUAUACCGAGGUCUUCGACGAUUUCUUCGGCCAUGUGGCGAAGGAGGAGAAGGACGACUCGACUUUUAUCACAGAAGUAUGAGCAAAGCAGUUCGAAGGAAGUAUUUUAUUCAUGAUGAAGAUCGGUACACAAAGUUUUGGUACACAUGGUGGCAUGGCAAAUUGGCUGGUUUCUUUGAGUCACAUAAUGACUUGGAUCGAAGAUCUGAGGAGCUACCAUAUCAUCUCGAACAGCUUCUAGACCACAGUCGUCUUGCAAGGUGUCUAGUCGAAUGGCCAAUGUUUGAUCGCCUAUUUGAAGAACACUCUCGCAUUGACCUUCUCAAGUCAUGGCGAAAGGCUGGAGGCUACAAGGCGGCUUCUGCUUGCUACAGAGAGGCUCUUUCUUUGUUGAGACAGUCGAGUGUGUCUCGUGAAGAGCUUUCAGUUCGACUGGAAAAAGUUGCUCGAUUUUUGAGUUUGGCUGGAGAAUACUCGGAUGCAUUUGGUUUGUUGGAAGAAUCGCAGAGGAUUGAAGAGCAGGAGCUUGGAGCUCGGCCAGAUAGAAUGGCUGACUUGCUGUAUUCACUGGCAGACACAAAGAGUGAAGUUGCCAAACUGCAGGACUUCAUUGAUGCUAAUACGGCAGUUCAAUCUAAAGGUGUUAUUGAUUUGGCUUCCAAAUCAAUUUCAAUUCGUCGUUCAUUACAAGGAGAGGAGAAUGAAAGAAAGUUGGGAAUGGCUUUGUUGGUGACUUCAUUUCAUAUGUCGUCGUACAGUCAAGCAAGAGGGAAAGAUCCUGGGUUGACGCCCGAGCAGGCAACCCAGCAGGGAGUGGACAUGGCGAAGGAAGCAAUUAAGACAUUUCAGAAGCUUGGUGAUGGAGAGCGACUCGCUGAGUCAUACAUGGUGGUUGGCCUGCACAUCCAAUCUUCAGAUCCUGCUCAACUGGAAUACUUGCAGAAGGGAUUGUCUCUCUGCUUGCGAGUUUGUGGACGUUAUCACAUGCUGUCUGCACGUUUUCAUAUCAAUAUUGGAAUCUAUUAUGAAGAUAAUGGAGACUUCAUUCGUGCUUAUGAAUUAUUUAAGGAUUGGGCAGAGAUAUGCACAGAGGUGUAUGGUCCAGCUCAUCCGAAGACUAAACGAGCUAGAGGUACGCUACAAGAACCACGUUAUGUUAGCAUAGCACAACAAAUGGCAACUGAAAAGGUUUGAAAAAAUGACGAGUGUAAUGAUCGAUAUCAAUGUGAUGUAAUGAACUGCCUGGAGGAGAGAUAGCAGAGUGCAUUUCACUGUGACGUUCUAUUACAAACAGUUGUAUUAUUUGUCUAAAAUAAGUAACGAGGCUACGA